CUCGAUGCCUGGCUUAGUGUCCUAAAAAUCCUGGCAAUCCGCCCUUCCGAGUUAAGGAACCAACAUCCAUCCUCCAGCCAGUGCCACCCGACUCAAACUAGGUCAACCAACUCGAUUCUAUACCAACUUGCUUGUGCUUUCUUUUGCUACCCCUAGAUCUUGUUAUUUAUUAAUCUUUCUUUUCAUUGUUGCAGUCAUAUAGACCUUGGUCUCGAAGUCUCUCGGUUCAACUUUUUCCAUUCCUCCCAGGGACACCUCCGCCCAAUUCAAUUGACGGCGGGGUUGGAACUACGCUAUGGGUGACGGUUCUGAUUAUCCUAGCCCACGAAGUGAAGGUCCUGGCGGACCUACCUCAGUUUUAGUCGCUACCCAGGAACCGCUUGUCGCAGCACCCAAGAUGAACGUGAACGAACAACUCCCGCCCAAUUUCAUGGAAGGGGCGCGUCCGCGACUGUCGGUGAGGCGAGCGCGGGAUCCGCCCAAGAACUCUGCAGGCCAAAUCUACUGCGAUCACCCCGAGUGCCAACAAUCGCCUCCCACUUUUCGCCGUCCAUGCGAGUGGAAUAAGCACAUGGACAAACAUGACCGCCCCUACAAGUGCUUGGAACCCGGGUGUGACAAGAUUCAGGGAUUCACAUACUCCGGCGGUCUUCUGCGGCACCAGCGCGAGGUGCAUAAGAAAAACAUCAAUGCCAAGAAACCACUGAUGUGUCCCUACGUCGAUUGCAAUCGCAGUACAGGAAAUGGGUUUACGCGUCAGGAGAACCUGAAGGAGCACCUUCGCCGUCGCCACAUGCAUACCGAAACUGGUCCUGCAUCAGAUCUCCCCAUGGUCCCGUCUCCGGAACUGGAUGGCGCCGCAGCUCUCGGCGUGCCUCCCACCUUGAAGCGCAAGCGCGACUCUAUCGAUGAGGAUCCGACCUUGGACCUCUCCGAGGACGGUGGAAAUGGCGUCACUCUCCGGAACGAGCUCAAGAGACUGCAGCUCGAGGUCCAGGAAAAGGAUCGCCGGCUGGAAGAGCUCGAAAGAAUUGUCGCUGGUCUGCAGCAAGCUAUACCGCAGACCGCGACCUCUCAAGGAUAGAUGCCCCCCGAGGCAAAGACUCUCUACGAUUUACAUGUUUUCAACUCCCCCUUCCCCAUCCUCUUUUCUCCAUCUUGUCCGUGUCAUUCUUUAUCCCAGACACUUCCUUGAUGCUUGAAAUCUCUCUCUUUAUUUAUGGUCUGCACUGUGUGGUUUGCAUUCGAUGGGCGUUUUCAUAUGCAAAGCACGGGCCCCGGGUUCGCGCGAUUCUGUCUACAACAUCAGUGGGAGGUUCGUUCAUAUGGUUGGUCUACAUCUCAGAAGAAUGCAUGGAUAAAAAAUCAGGCAGCUCUGACGAUAUGGCGUUUGCUCGAGGUCGAAGAUACAGACCAGGUGGUGUUCUAAUGGUUCCUACUCUUUCUUUAUUUCCUGAAAUAUACCC